AUGCUGAAACGUGCUGAAGCGAGAUUCGAGAAAGUAGCUGCGUCACAAAAUACUUCAAUCCUUUUACGUCCUCCUGGAAGGCCGUCUUUUGCUUCGCAGACAGGCUCUUCUUUACCCGUCUCUUUUCAUGGUUUAACAGAACAAACUUCAAAGCAGAUUCUCCGUUCAUCCACAGCUGCCUUCAAUAAGAAGUUAUGUUUCUUUUGCCAGUCACACGACGAUAAGCAGGACAGUCAUGUAAUACAAACUGAGAACAGGAGAAAGCAACUUUCAGAGUUCGUUAAAAACUGCCACAAUGACUUGUACAAAGUUUAUUUUACCAGCACAAUAGAACCAGAAGAUGCUUUGCCGAGAGAUGUGCAUUAUCAUCGUGCCUGCUGGAUGAAACACGUGAUAAACGCCAUGGCGCGUGAGGAUAAGGAUACAGCUGACGCCCAAGAUUCUGAGCAAGAAAACAAAGUUGCUGGUGAUAUAGAAUUCCUGCAUCUCAUCCAAGAGCUUCUAAAAACAGGAAAGAUACUCUGAGUCUGGUAGACGCUCAAAAGGUGUACACGAAUAUCUUACAAGAUCAUCUGUGCAACUGGUUUCCUAGGAGAAAAUCCGUGAGGCAGCUGUUAGCAGAGAAUGUUGAUGGUAUCGAGUUCGUAAGUGCAUAUCGAUGAAACGAGUCUUACCGCUUUUGCCUAUCUGCUCCUAAGAUCGCCGCCAUAGAGAAAGCCGUUAAACAGUUAUCGCACAUUAAUAGCGAGCUUCAAGUUCUUUUUUGACUGCUCAAAGAUAAUUCGAAAAGAAAUCCAGGAGGCAAAUACUUGGCACUUCAAAGGUACGCUCGACAUAGAUGCACAAGAUAUUGUCCCUAUCAAGCUCUUUACAUUACUCAAGUGGAUACUUUCGGGCGUGGUUUCUGAACUGAAAACGGAGCAGCGAGCGGAAGAUGUCAUCAGAAAGUCAGUUCGCCUUGCGCAGCAGAUUAUGUACCAAACCAAGACUGAUAGGCAAGUCAGAUACGUGCCUCAAUUAGAUGAAGAAGGGAAGACAUUUGUCACCAGCGCGAGUACCCAUUGCAAGUUUGGGGUUGGCCUCCUUGCUCACCAGCAAAUGAGAAGUAAAUCAUUAAUUGAUGUUCUACAUGAGUUGGGCGUGUCAGUUAAUUAUGCGAGGAUUCUACGCAUAGAAACUCAGCUUGCGCAGGCUGUUCUGAGUAACUCCAGUGAGAACAACAUCUUUAUACCUCCAGAACUCUGUAAGGGCCAGUUUUUUUGUGUGUGUGUUGACAAUUCCGAUUUCUCAGAAGACACCCCCGACGGAAAGAACACACUUCAUGCAACCGCGAUGGUUGUGUUCCAGCGAAAACGUACUAAGGAUCAUGAAACUAUACUAG